UCACUUAGUGUACACUCGAGUUACAAAUACAGGCUGCUCUAUUUAAUAAAUGGUCAUUAUCAUAUUAACAUUUCCGACACUUGAACGUGCGGUGAUUACAUUAUUAUUUUCUUUGCAUCAUAUGGUUCGUGAAUCAUAAACGAUGCGCAGUAUGUGUUGUGUUUCUUCUCUGUUCUGAUGCAUCAGGACCCGGAACUGCGACUGAACUUCAUCUGACAAGAAACACUUCAGCUGCAGCUCAGCCUAAACUCCUUAUUCACGCGACGCUGAGCGCGCAUAAGUGUGUUUACAGCUGAUAUACGUGCAUUCGAAGUGGCGAUGACGGGUCUGACCGGGUUCCUGUCCGGUUGCUCGGUGUUCGGGGUCCUCGCGCUCUCCGCCGCCGCGCUCCUGUGCGCGCUCGCGACGCGUCUCGCGGUCAAACGGCGCGCGCUGCGACGCUUCAGUCAGCCGCCGAAGAGAAACUGGCUCUUGGGGCACAUGGGGCUAAUGGGCCAUAACGAGGAGGGCCUGCAGGCCGUGGACGAUCUGGUCCGGAGGUACGGUCACUCCUGUGCCUGGUAUCUGGGUCCGUUUUACGACAUGGUCCGGCUUUUCCACCCGGACUACGUUAAAUCCCUUCUGACAGCCUCGGCAAACAUUACUUUCAAAGACAAGAUCUUUUAUGGGUUUAUGAAACCUUGGUUGGGUCACUGUCUUCUGCUGCAGAGCGGUCAGGAAUGGUUACGUCAUCGGAGACUCCUGACUCCUGCGUUCCACUUCGACAUCCUCAAAAAAUACGUUCACAUCUUCAACCAGUCCACCAACAUCAUGCAUGCUAAGUGGCGCCUCCUGCUGGCCGAGGGGACGGCCGGUCUGGACAUGUUUGAGCACAUGAGCUCCAUGACUCUGGACAGUCUUCUCAAAUGCACCUUCAGCUGCGACAGUCACUGUCAGGGGAAGCCCAGCGAGUAUAUCUCAGCUAUUCUGGAUCUGUCCAAGCUGCUGGUCCAGAGGCAGCACUACCUGCCCUAUCACUGGGACUGGCUGUACUGGCGCUCGGAGCCGGGCCGGCGCUUCCGCGAGGCCUGCGACGUCGUCCACCGCUUCACCUCCAAGAUCGUCCAAGACCGGCGCGCUCAGCUCGACCGAGCCCAGAGCCAGGAGGACCUGGACUACACCGGAGGAUACAGGAAGAAAGACACGGACCUCAUCGACUUACUGCUGCUCUCCAAGGACGAGAACGGCGAGGGCCUCACGAACGAGGAGAUCCAGGCUCACGCUGACAUGUUCAUGUUCGCCGGUCACGACACCACCGCCAGCGCCCUCGCCUGGAUCUUCUACAACCUGGCAACCCAUCAGGAGCAUCAAGAGCGCUGCCGAGCCGAAAUCAGAUCGGUGCUGAGGAGCGGAGAUGAGGACGACAUCAGCUGGGAGGAUCUGAGUCAGCUGCCCUUCACCACCAUGUGCAUCAAAGAGAGUCUGAGACUCCACUCGCCCGUGCUGGCGCUCACCCGCUACUACUCACAAGACAUGAAGACGCCUGGAGACCGCGUCAUUCCACGGGGGUGUCUCAGUUUGAUCAGUAUUUAUGGAAUCCAUCGAAAUCCUGAAGUCUGGCCGGAUCCUGAGGUUUAUGACCCAAACCGCUUCGACCCGGAGAACUCACACAAACGCUCACCUCACUCCUUCAUUCCCUUCUCAGCGGGACCCAGGAACUGCAUCGGGCAGAACUUUGCGAUGGCGGAGAUCAAGGUGGUGGUGGCGCAGACUCUGUCGCGGUUCCGGAUCCUGCCGGGCCCCAGACCGGCGCGCCGUCUCUAUCAGCUGGUGCUGAGGGCCGAGGGGGGCCUGCUGCUGAACAUCGAGACACUCAGGGACCAGCAAUGAUCAUCUCACUGUUUAAUGCUUACUGUGAAAUCUGUUUCUGUCGUUCAGCAUCAUUUCAAUAAUGUGAACUUAAAGCUAUAAAUGUGUACUAUAAAGUACUAUAAAAAUGCAUCAAGUGAAUUUUUAUCUUCAACAAAAGUGAAAAGUAGCUGUGCAGGAAGAGUUGAAUACUGGACAUACGAGGUUUUGGACUAAUGCAAUCAGAAACUGGUUCCAUUAUUCCAUUCUGAUGUACUGAAGGAUUUUAAAUAAGCUUGAAGUAUACUUUUUGUUAAAGGCACUUUCAAUUUUAUUUUUAUAGUUGUUGUUAUGUAAGCUGGUUCAUCUGUUUCAAUACAGCUAUCACCAAGGCUUUAGAAUACACUUAAAGGGACUUUAAUAGUACUUAAUAUGUUUUGUAAAUACAAGAAAAGCUUUGAUUAAAGUCUAUUUCUGGCAGAAAUUUA